AUGCCUAAAAAACCUUUGGAUGCUAAUAAACCUCGUGGACCAGUUACAGCUUAUGCUUUAUUUGUUCGUACUUGUCGUGAUGAAUUACGUCGUAAAUAUCCGCAAUUAGCAGUUGACUAUAAUGUUAUUGCAAAGAAAUGUUCUGAACGUUGGAAAGUUAUGAGUGAUAAUGAAAAAAAACGUUUCAACGAUACAGCCGAUUCACAACGUAAACGAUAUAAAGAAGAAAUGGCAACCUAUUUACAAGAACAAGCAGUGAAGCAACAGCAACAACAGUCGGCAACAUCUUCAAUAUUACUUCAAACUCCUUCAACGCAAUAUCUUGUCGAACCACAACAGCAUACAUUACUUAUACCAACACAAACACAACAAACAACGGCAACAACAAUUGUAACUGUACCAAAGAAACCAGCUAAAAAACGUGAAAGAAAACCUAAAGAUCCACAUGCACCUAAAAAACCGUUGUCUGCUUAUUUUCUAUUUUGUGCUGAUGAACGUCCUAAGGUACAUGGCUCACAAACAGAUGAAAAAAAAAGUAUGUCUGUAAGCGAUGUAGCACGAGAACUCGGCAUACGAUGGAAGAAUGCGCCUGUUGAAUUAAAAAAUAAGUAUGAAGUAGCAGCGUCAGAAAAGAAAAAUGUCUAUCAAGCAGAAAUGGCUAUUUACAAGCACCAAACAUCAACGAACUCUUCACCUCCUGAGACUCCUCAAACUCCUUUGACACCUCAUGAUUUUCAACCACUUUAUUCAUCAUCAUCUAUGCAACAGCAGCACUCACAAUUGCAACAUAUACUUCAACAACAACAUCAACAAAAUUUUAAUUCAUAUGAUAAUAGUGAUACAUCUCAACAUCCAACUGAAUUUGAUAUGAUAACAGGGGGUCAUGCAGUUAGUGAAAAUGACGUGUAA